GUUUUAAAAUACAGACGAACUGACUUGUAAAUAAACAAAAUGGGUAGCCUGCAAUGGUUUAUUCUGUUUCUUGUCAUUCUUUUUUUCCUUUUUAAACGUCUUCUACUGUAUGCUCUAAACUUAAUUUUCACACAUAAACUAAAAAUCGAAGUCCGUCUAGGGCAAGUCGCCCUACUUCCACCUUCUGUACAAAAUACUUAUUUUUUGUUCAAAAAUUUCACGGUUCACGUUGAUAAAGUGAGAUUAACCUCAUCACUAGUAAAUGCUGAUACCAAGAGGCUACUGGGGUUGUUGAUUGAAGAUGUCCGAUUCACAAGAGAUUGCAGUGUUAAUAGCAAUACAUCACUUCAAGCCACUGUUCCAAACCCAGUGGAAUCAAAUAGAGUCAAUCUGCUUGAAAAAAUUUUACCCAUUCUGACAUCAUUUGUUCAGUUUAUGUGUGUCUCCAUAAGCAAUGUGACUAUAGUAGCCCAGUUGAACAACAACAAGUUGGUCCAUGCUUCUGUUAACAAUCUGAGUUUAGACGGAAGCAUUUUACCACGCUCACAGAUUGCACUCUGUGGUCUGAUAGAUGUGUUUUCAUGUCGACUUCUUCAGACCGUAGCUACUACUGAAAGAGAUGGAAAGGCUAACCAGCAAUCACAAUUUGUCGAAUCACGAACGAAAACUUGGCAGCCGUGUUUAGCAGAGUUUUCAGUUGGAGUUCAAACAGAAAUUCACGUUGACCCAGUUUUACCGGCCAUCACGAAAUUAAUGCUAAAUAUUUCCAACCCAAAAUUGUCCAUUAAUGACAGACUUGUCAAGGCUUUUGAGACAAAAAUCGUGCAAGAUGAUGCGCCUCAAGAAAGGCACCAGUCGCCAAUUUGGUCACUCUAUUUUCCCCGAAAAUGCGAAUUCAACGUUACUGGCACCGAAAUCAAAUUGUACAGACAUGAGGACGAAUCUACUUUCGUAACUACUACUUUAAAUUUGUUGGAAAUAACUGCAGAUACUUCUUUAGACAUUAGAAGCGGUGAUAAUAUGUUUGACACCAACGUUAAGCUACACACUCAGAUGUUAUACUCUGAAACUAAAUCCGGGCGAUGGUUUAGUUUGAGUGAACUGGACGCAACUAUUCAGGUUUUUUUCUGGCAAUAUCGACUCAACAGUGAAUGCUAAUCGCAUUGCAAUAGUUUAUUCAAACGCCGAACUUUUACCGUGGCUCAGUUUAAUUCCGUACAAGAAGAAAAAAACCAGUUCUGGUGCGAAAAAUGAAUCUUCUCGUCAAGCCCCGCUUACGCUCAAUUUCGAAG